UUUCCUCUGCAGUUAGUUGGACAUGAACAAAAUCAUGAUUUCAAACGAGUCAUGUCACAACACCACCUGCAAUGACACUCUCACGGUGAACGGCGAUGGCAAGCCAGUGGUGAGCAUCCUCAUGUUUCUGGCUGGCGUGGUGGGAAACCUCCUGGCUCUCUUCAUCCUCUGCGUGCACCAGAGGGAGCAUCGCUCUCGGUCGUCCAUCUUCUGCAUCCUGGUGACCGGCCUGGUUCUCACCGACCUGCUGGGUACCUGCCUCCUCAGCCCGCCUGUGUUCAUCUGCUAUGCCCGCAACUUGAAGCUGAUCAGUCUGGGGGGCCAAGGCGUGUGCAACAUCUUUGGCUUUGCCAUGAGUUUCUUCGGCCUGGCGCCCACGCUCGUUCUGUGUGCCAUGGCCGUGGAGCGCUGCCUGGCCAUCAGCCACCCUUACUUCUACUCUGUGCACAUUCGCCCCAGCUUUGCAAAAUUCACUCUUGUCUUUAUUUACCUCUUCUCGUUGGCCUUCUGCUUCCUGCCGUACACCGGCUACGGCAAAUUCAGACAGUAUUCUCCUGGGACGUGGUGCUUCAUCGACAUGGACGCCACAGAUGACGACCAGGCCAACUUGUUGCUGGCCUUCUCUCUGUCCUACUCUUCCCUCAUGGCACUGCUGAUCUUUGCAGUGUUUGUGUGCAACGGGUCGGUGAUCGUCAGCCUGUGCCGGAUGCACCGGAGCCACAAGAUGCGGCGUGGCUCACUGGGGUCGACGGGGAGGAGGAAGAGGCUGAGCCUGGCCUGGUUCGGACAGGGCGAGGAGGAAAUGGACCAUCUGGUGCUGCUGGCGCUCAUGACCGUCAUCUUUGUGGUCUGCUCGCUUCCGCUCACUAUCGCAGGCUUCAUCAACGCCAUUCACCCGUUUUCCAGCGACGCGGAGAACCUCACGGCCUUCCGCUUCUACGCCCUCAACCCCAUCGUGGAUCCAUGGGUCUUCAUCAUCUGCCGCAAGUCUGUGUUUCGCCACCUUAGUUCACUGCUGAGCUGCUGCUUCAGCAAAGGAGCCGUGAAGACAACCACACACUGUGCUCUGUCCUUACCCCUUGACAAUCACAUGCAUCACAACCCCCCAGAUGUGACAGUUUCACAGUCCGUGUACUCCAGUUUACCUCUGUGA